AGUCAAACUUUUCACUUAUUUUCAUUACACACCCAAACAAGCAAUGAAUCAUCUCUCAACCCCCACUUGUUUCCUUACCCUCUCCGUUCUCCUCCUCACCUUCCUCCACCUCCUCAUCCCUUCCUCCUCAGAGUGCCGCUCACAAUGCGGCACAAUCCCGAUCCACUACCCCUUUAGCAUCGAUGACGGUUGCGGAGCCCCACAGUUUCGCAACAUGUUCACAUGUAACACCUCAUCCCUUGCUCUCUUCUUCAUCACUCCAAAUGGCAACUAUAAAGUCCAGUCCAUAGAUUACAAGACUCAAACCCUUACGGUCUACGACCCUGACAUGUCCACGUGUACGGUCUUACAACCUCACCAUGACCUUCGACUCUCCGACAUUCAGUAUGCCAUUAUCCCCCCUUCUUCUGACACUGUCUUCGCUCUCCUUAACUGCUCCGUCGACUCCCCAAUACUACACCGUUUUAGCUCCCUUUGCUUUGAGUUUGCUGGUCAUAAGUGUCAGGAGCUCUACUCUUCAUGUAACUCCUUCCGCAUUUUCACCACCGGCGGGUUGGCUAACCCCGGUAUGACUAAUAGUACCGGUCCUGACGGAUACUUUUACGGUGGGGGUAAUAAUUUUAACAAUAACAAUAACAAUAAUACUGGCUUUGGUGGCGGUGUUACUAGUGGUGGCUUUGGUGGCGGUGUUACUAGUGGUGGUGGUGGGGGUAAUAAUAUGGGGCCAGGGGUAGGGACAGGAAUGGAGACACCACUUGGGAGUAGUAAUAAUAAUAUGGGGUCGGGGGCACCAAUUGGGGGUAACGAGAUGCCCCCGCCCCCAUGUUGUUUCACGGGGUAUAGUACGGUAAAGGUAAUGAGUAUGGAUAUACUAGACUGUACACAUUUUACGAGUUUUUAUGAUGUAGAUAAAUUAAGAGGAGUAACGCCAAUGGAUUGGUCGUAUGGGUUGAAGUUUAGCUACAGCGUGCCGGAUAUGGGGUGUCAGAGAUGUACUAAAUCAGGUGGGAGUUGUGGCUUUGAUGUUCAAACUGAAGCAUUGCUCUGCCUUUGUCCUGAUUCAAACAACUCUACUAGACAAUGUGGAAAUGAUAUAGACGCUGGUAGACGUUGGACUCCAUCAAUCAUGCUUCAAGCGUUUAUUACGUGCUUAGGAGUUCUCCUCCUCUGUUGAUACUCAUGAUCAAACUUAGUCAUUUUGCUAUUAUCCAGUUGUAUAGACAGAGUAUUUCUAGGUUCCACUGUAAGGAAUUUCAUUCUUAGUUUAGGGAAAAAUCUACUUUUGUCCGAACAAGCAUAUUAGUAUAUUACUUUGGGUUGUUAAGGAAAAGUAUGGUCUCUUUUUAAGUAGGCCGGUUUCAAAUCUA